CUUUUUCUCCUCUUCCUCCCCACUGCACUGAGCGCGUUUGAGACAGCCCUGUCGGUUUAAACCGGGAGGACACCCAUACCGACUUCUCAAUGCAAAAAAUAAAAGGGUAGCUAGAAGCAGGGGCGAGGGGAACGGAGGUAAAGCGAACGCUCACGGUCUGUCUCUCUCUCUCGCUCUCUCUCUCUCUUUCUCUCGUUUUUAUUACAUGAAUGAAUGAAUUGAGUAGUAAGGAACAAAUACAAGGAAACACGCCUCCGCCUGGACGACCAAACGCGUUUGAUAUUUGACUUGUGUUCAAUGGUAGGUGUUUGCAUCUGUACAUUUUCGGCGAAAACCACAGUAGGACGUCUCAUCCCGUCAUUUGAAACACUUCAGAAGGCGUAGCAGCUGAAAGUCCUCGCGGUGAACAUGGCAACUUUAACGAACGGACAGGUGGACGCCGCGGUGCAUGGAGGAGCGGCCAGUACGAACGGGCUCGUGAACGGAAUAAGCCACACUCACAGUCCCGCGAGCUGCGCCACCAUUCCCAUGAAGGACCACGAUGCCAUUAAACUAUUCAUCGGACAGAUACCCCGCAACCUGGACGAGAAGGACCUCCGGCCGCUCUUCGAGGAAUUUGGCAAGAUCUACGAGCUCACCGUCCUGAAAGACCGCUUCACUGGCAUGCACAAAGGCUGUGCCUUCCUCACAUACUGUGCAAGAGAAUCGGCGCUAAAAGCUCAGACCGCGCUUCACGAGCAGAAGACGCUACCUGGGAUGAACAGGCCAAUCCAGGUGAAGCCAGCUGACAGUGAGAGCAGGGGAGAAGACAGAAAACUUUUUGUUGGCAUGCUGAAUAAGCAGCAAUGUGAGGACGACGUGCGGCGCCUUUUUGAGUCCUUCGGAUGCAUUGAGGAGUGCACCAUCCUCAGAGGUCCUGACGGAAACAGCAAAGGAUGUGCGUUUGUGAAGUAUUCCACUCAUGCAGAAGCUCAGGCCGCUAUUAGUGCUUUACACGGCAGCCAAACUAUGCCUGGUGCUUCUUCCAGCCUGGUGGUGAAGUUUGCAGACACAGAUAAGGAACGGACCAUUCGACGCAUGCAGCAGAUGGCCGGUCAGAUGGGCAUCUUCAAUCCGAUGGCCCUGCAGUUUGGAGCGUACGGUGCCUAUGCACAGGUUCAGCAGCAGGCAGCGCUGAUGGCAUCAGUGGGUCAGGGAGGAUAUCUCAGCCCUAUGGCAGCUUUUGCUGCCGCACAGAUGCAACACAUGGCCACCAUCAACGGCCUCCCUGGGGCUCCCAUGACCCCAACAUCAGGUGGAAGCACGCCCCCUGGCAUCACGGCUCCCACGGUGACCAGCAUCCCAUCUCCAAUCAGUGUGAACGGUUUCACAGGGCUGCCGCCUCCUCAGGCCAACGGACAGGCCCCAGCAGAGGCCAUGUUCACCAAUGGAAUCCAUCCUUACCCAGUUUUGCAGGAAGUGGUGUUUAGGGAAGACUCGGAGAAGGGCGGCCUUGGCGUGGCACAGAGAAGUUGUUUUGGGGUUCAGGGAAGCUGCUUCCUGUCGUCUCUCUCAGAAGCUCAGAGUCCCACUGCAGCAGACCCCCUGCAGCAGGCCUACGCUGGAGUCCAACAAUAUGCAGCAGCCUUCCCCGCUGCAUAUGGACAGAUCAGCCAGGCUUUUCCCCAGCCGCCUCCCAUCAUCCCUCAGCAACAGAGAGAAGGGCCGGAGGGCUGUAACCUGUUUAUUUAUCACCUUCCUCAGGAGUUUGGGGACGGCGAGCUGAUGCAGAUGUUCCUGCCUUUCGGUAAUGUCAUCUCCUCCAAAGUGUUUGUGGAUCGGGCGACAAACCAAAGUAAAUGCUUUGGCUUUGUGAGCUUUGAUAACCCAGGCAGCGCUCAGGCCGCCAUCCAGUCCAUGAACGGCUUUCAGAUCGGCAUGAAGAGACUCAAAGUGCAGCUGAAGAGGCCAAAGGACGCCAACCGCCCAUAUUAGCCCCGUCCCUCCCCCCAGCCACCCCUGACCCUGGGGGUGAAGGCCGCCGCUGCGCACAGGGAACAACAGGUUUUGUAGAGCUGGAACACAUGUUGAUAACAUGCCAAAUGUAUUUGACAACACAACAAGAUCAAGAUCAUCGGGGCUGGGGAUACAGUACAGCUGAAGCAGGACAUGAGGAGGACGUAGCCGCGUGAUAUACCAC